CCUCUCGCAUUUUCCAUUCUGGAUUCUCACUUGUCCCAAGUGGCUGAUUUGUUUCGUCAUGAAUUUGCCGUCUGGUAUCGCCGCUCUCGAGACUUUUCUACAACUGAUACCACUACCUCAGCUGUCCCAGUAAAUGUGUCCCCCGCGUUGAGCACUAUUCCUGAAUCUAUGGACGAGUCCGAAUCGACCACGAAUGCAGCAACCCCGAUCGCUGUCACUGAGUCUACGCACACUGCUUAUCGUACAAUUAUAGACCCUCUGUUACCUCCGGAUUGGGCCUAUCUCCCAAUCAUCUGUCAUUACACACGAGGCAAAUUGCAAUCCUCCUCUGGUCUGGACCAGUUACAGACCCAAUCGGGAACUGAGGUGGUUCUUCAUGAGUUAACCAAUGCUUUGCGAUGGCUGUUUCAUCUUGUGCAAGCCAAAACACCCACCGGUUCCGGUGUCACAACCCUACCCUCGGCUGGACUGAUGGAUCCGUUAUCCCAUUUCGCGCGUCUCUGUAUCGCCUGUCUCGCCUAUCCCGGUGCCGGAGGUCUGGGUUUUGGUGAAUCGGGUCGUUUGCUAGCUCAGAUGAUCAGCCGACUAAAACUUAUCGGUCGAUUACGUGAUUGCCCCCUCGUCAUUCGUUCGUUGGAACAUGUGAACCUCCCGGAACAGUGUGCUUCGUUUUACGACCUUUAUACGGAUUUGUUGGGACACUAUGCGGCUCUAUCGUACAGCUCGCCCGUGUUUGCGAAUCUCAUAUUGUGGCCUUGUCAACAAUUGUGUCACAUGAAAUAUCGACGUGCUUUGUGGGGAGAAUACCAAAGCGCGCUGGUCUCGGUUCGCCUACGUUGCGAUCAGGUGAGUGUGUUUAGCACGUCUAUUCCUUCUCUCUCUCUCAUACACACACAUGUGCCAGGUUCAAACAAAAUGAUAUGUGGUUUCAUUUGUACCAAACAUGCAUUGUGUUUAUGGGGGGAAAUGCAUUUCUAG